AUGGACAGCAAACCCGAAUCCAGCUCUCCAGGAGUUGGCACAACUUCAUUUAAGUUUCCCAGCUCUCUUCAAACAGACGGCGCGGCGAUUUUGCUAGAAGCACAACCAGAUAUCCAAACAGUCGAUCCCCAACAUAUUUUACAGCAAGUGGGUUUCAAGCCCAAUUUGAAAAAGCAAGUUGACGAGAUAGCACCAAUUAUCGAUAUUCCACCCCCAUUAGAGAACAACGAGGAUAUAACCAGACUUUCACUGAUCAGGAGCCCCGAGCAUGCUUUAGAUCACCACUUAUCAGAAGACGAUAUUAUUCCAAAAGUUUCCGCUUCGCCGAACCAUGUCGCAGUCGUUGUUAAUUCAGAAGGUGCUAAUCACUCUGUAACUGAGGAAUACGUUAACAGCCUGAGGCAGAGAUUGGCAACUGAUUGGAAAAGUCCUUCGGAGUAUGCGUUGCACAUUUUGUUUACAAAAUUUGUUCGCCAUGCCGAAAGUAAGCUUAACGCUUGCCUACAGUAUCCAAUUGUGUCCGAACCACCGAUUGUCGACAUAUUAGGUGAUGGAGUGGAUGUUAUGUUUGACAAAAUAAUCGAGUCUCUAGGCCAUAUAGCAAGAAAGAAGCCCAAGCCAGUUAUUGACGCAAUGAUGUUUUGGAGGAAAACAAAGUCUGAAAUAGCGAGCCUGGCCGCAGAAUCUGUAGACAAACUGAUCAACGGCUAUGAAAAUGAGCAAGCAAAAGGUAUUCCUGCCAAAUCUCAACCCUUAUCGUACAAUAAUAUCUCCAGAACUCAUAGUAAGACGUUGAGCAAUGGCAGCAAAAUUUCUCACAAGAGAAAUAGCUCAUCAAAAUCGUCUGUGGGGAGUAAGAACGUAUUAGAGAGUAGCAGAAUAAGGGACUUGGAACUGCAAAUUGAAUCUGCCAAGCAGGCUGCUUUUCAAGCAGACCGAAAGUCCCUUAUAAGCAUUUUCCUCCUAUGUCGGGUUUUAAUCGAGAUUGUUAAACAAGCACCAGAUGAUAGUGAUAUAGACUUAAGUGAUAAGCUUGAGGAAAUAGUAUUUACACAACUUAAGACAACCGAUCCAAUGUCAAUCUCAUCUAGCAUAAUUAAGUCCUCAAACUGGAAUUCUUUCGCAGAGCUGUUGGGUUGGAUGUCCGAAAAAAAAUUUCUAUCUGUCAGUGACAGAUUCAUAUCAGAUUUAGAGAAGUUGCCGAGAUUGAUCCCUACUUCCCUAGAACCUGGUGUACAUCUACUUAUACUAGGUAUGAGAUAUUUGCGAUUGAAAAACUAUCCUUUGGACAAAUUCGAAGAAAGUGCCGAUUUCAUGAAAAGUAUAUCGAAGUUUUUCUUGCAUGCUGAAAACCCAUCGGUGAAGUUAGCUUACGCAGAGGUUAUCAGCCAGCUUCUUUUGCCUUUGGCAGGUUCUUUGACAGCAGAAGUUAAUCAUCCAACCUGGGUAGAGGCUAUGACAACGCUGCUAGAUGCGGCAAUCAAUUUGCAAUCCGAGUCAAAAUACUGGGCAAGCGGAUUCAGGUUAACUGUGUCGGUACUCUGUACCUCACCUGCAGACUUAUUUUCACAGCAUUGGAUUCCUUUAGUUGAAAAAAGCUCAAAAAAAAUAAGAAAUAAGGAUCUAUCAGCCCGAGUACUCUUUGUAGUCGGUUUAUCGAGACUUGUGUGGGUGUAUUUGUAUAGAUGUCCUGAGACUCUUAAUAACACUACUAGGACACUUACAAAAAUCAUGGCUUUGUAUCUCAAUUCAAAAAGAAAAGAAUCAUGGAUCACAGCCGAUUUAGAGCUCAUAAAUCCACUCUCAGAUGUAUUAGUCACAGUAGGGUACGCUUAUCCAAGCUUUUUAAUGGAAAAUACGUUAAGUCCUCUUAUCCGAAGAUCCUUUAAUGGAACAACCCUAGAUGGUAUUAGUUACGAAAAGCUUAUUUUAGCCAUAAGUACUUAUCGAGGUUUACUUAUGACAAACAAAAAACCAGAAUUCCCAGAAAGCGACAGUAGAUAUUACGAACUAGGUUUGAAUGAUGUUUCUGUCCGGCACAGUGAAUCACUAAGCGCCAUUCGUGAGGAGAUAUGUGGAAGUUUUUAUCAGCUGUUCCUUCUGUUGGACUCAAAUAUUGGCUCUGAGGUUUGGUCGCCAGAAAACCGUCAUAACAAGCAGCCGACCACCCCAUUCGAAAAGAUUGCCUUUAGUUUCUCUAAUGAAAGCAACAUUAAUGUGAACAGAAAUCUCAAUAUCGCGCUCUUUGCAACUUUGAUAGAAACUAUUCCCAGUUGUUUAUGUGUCUCUUCACAAAUUCCCUUCAAGUCAACUAUAGAGAUUAUUUCAAGGAACGCAGUUCAUGCAGACUUGCUUAUUGCAGCAAGUUGCCAAAAUGCUCUCAAAGCUCUGGCCUCCAAGAAAAAUCCUUACACUUUAAUCACCUGGUUUGCCAAGUAUUCUUUUGAUUUUGACGAGAAAACGCAGUCAAGCUACAAUAUGUCAUAUUUAUCCUCUAUUGAAUAUAGAAGAUUACUAGUUCUCUAUGUUGAACUGCUAGAAUGUUGGCUUGAAGAGUUUCAAUCAAGCAAGUUGGAAGAAAAGAAGCGAGAGACUGGACUAGAUGGUAUUCAACUUAUAUCUGUUGAGAAAGACUUAGACGAGUCCAGUGAGACGAAGAUGCUAGAGUGGAAGAACACAGUAACUGUUAUAGAGGAAGUUGAAGGAAAUGGCUUAUUCUUCUUGUGUUCCCAAGAUCCUGCAACGCGGAAAUUGGGGAUUCAAAUACUUCGAAUAAUUUCCAAAUUCGAUGAAGCAAUGAUGGAAAAAACGAUUAAAGGGACGCAAGGACAUUCGCGCUCUUCAUCACAUUUUGCUGCUGAUAGAGGUACUCGACUAGUUGACUUGCUGAAUGAGUGUGACUAUCAGACGUUACUUGACCACAAGUCAAUGGCAGCGCUUAGUGAUGCUGAAAGAGAUAGAAUUGCCAAAUUCAACUUAAAAUACAAAAAAGGUGUGUUGAUCAAGUUGGCAGAAUCCGAGUAUGGCGUUGACGCUGCUCUUUGGCAAAGAGUCUUUCCGAAAAUUCUAUCUAUAAUAUUUGAAUCUUGUCCUGUAACGAUGGCUCUUUGUAGAUCAAUCGUAUGCAUCAGACUCGUACAAGUACAUGAAAUAAUUUUGCAAAUCGCUAAUAAUGUGGACUAUCGAAUGAAGGAUGUAUCUCCAGAAACAAUUGUCGGACAAUGGAAGCUUUUCUUAAUAGUGGCUUGCACUUCCUUGACAUCCACAGGCAAUCAGAAACUUCAUAUUCCAACAAGCAAUAUUCAACAUGGUAGAAAAAAGAGCCAACAAAUAUUUACUGUGCAACAUCAGAAAAUAAAAUCAGCAACAUCGAUAUUCAAAAUGGUAUUGCCUCUUUUAAAUGCAAAAUCGAGUAUAAUCAAAGAUGCCAUCAUCGUUGGCCUAAGCUCCAUGAACGUUAAUAUUUAUCGAGCUUACCUCGAGAAUAUCGAGAAAUUUUUAACAAGCUGGAAGAUCGAAAGCUCCAACAACCAGAUUAGGCUAGAGAUGUUUCACAUUCUUGCUAUCCUGGCAUGGCUUCUGCGCGAACCCAUUAUCUCGGAUGACAUCUGGACACUGAGUAAGCUGUCCGAAUUCAUAAGGCAUGCAAAGACCUUUUUGGAAGAAGAUGUUGUACAGUGUUCAUUCGAGUAUCAACCUUUGAGGAGCCAUUUCGCGGGCCUUCUAAAAGUUUUCUACGCAGUAAUAAGAGAAAGACCUAACUUGGAUUAUUUAUUUCCUUUUCAAGCCCGAGCUUCCUGUUUCAAUUAUUUGAAAGAGUGGUGUGGAUAUGGUGAAUAUGCAUACAUUGCUGAGGAAAGAUAUGCAUCCAUGAUUCGAAAAACUCCAAACCAGAGAGAUCGAACAGCAGUAGCGGCUGGUGUUGAAUUCCAAAAGGGUAGACUUCAAACGAUAGCUCUUGAAACCAUGGUUGUCUUAUGUUCAGAUUCUUUCACCAAAACACUGGAUAAUGUACCGGACUUACCAGUUAUCAUCUCAUUUGACACUGCUGGACUUUUGUCCUGGAUUGAAGCAUUAUUUUUGUCAGAGGACGAGAGCAUUCGGAAGUUAGGAGUGCUUGCAUUGACAAACGCAUUGAGCAACAACAGAGAAAAUGCCCAGUUUUUCAGGGACGUUACUGUACAAUGCAUUUCGCAUCACAGCAAUCCGGGCAUUUCCAAUUUGUAUUACACAACCCUAUGCAAGAGCUUAUUAGAAAUGAAAGAUUUCAUUCUAGAAGAGGAGGAGCUUGUGUCUCUUGGUCUUUGCGGCAUAAUAGCCUUUCAGGAAGAGACAAGAUCGUAUGCUGCAGAUUUAUUAUCUGCGGUGGAAACAAAGCUGCGUAGCACAUCCUAUACCAAGGUUUUUAAGGAGAGACUGGGAAGCUCUUCAAGGACUGUCUAUAUUGCCACCGCGAAGGAAAUAACAAGUAUUUUUGCAGAUCUUUUAUCUCAGGAUUUGAGUUUGAAAAUAUUCUCAAAUAUUGUAAGAGUACUGAUUUUGUUCCCGCCUGAUCUCAAAAAAUAUUACCUAAUUCUGUUGGUACCAUGGGUGAAUAAGUUCUCCCUAAAAACAGUAGAUGAUAUAGACACUUUCAUGGUUUUGAACAAUCUUUUUUACAUCACAAUUGAACUGAAUCAUAAACUACCUAUGGAAGUCGAGCAGCUUUGGGUAUCGUUGGGAAAAGGUAAUUCCUUUCAAAAUAUUUAUGUCUCCCUUGAAUAUAUCAUGGCCAUGUCGAUAAAUCACCGCAAUCCGCGGUUUGUUCAAAUUGCGAGGGAUGUUGUUCUGUAUCUAGCGAAUGUCCCUGGUAGUAUCGGUCUCGUAGAUGCUCUUACAAAAAAUCUAGAUCCAAAAUCAAUUAUACCGAUUGCGAAAACAGCUAUUAAUGAGCCAAAAGAAAGCGAUAAGUACUCCUUUAUUGCCAAUAUAUGGGAACAGCUAAAUUACAAAGGGAAAACAGUGACUUUCUCAAGAACCCAUUUGUCGAUCAUUUUUCUUGUUAAUCUAUCAACAAAUCCAUCUGAGUUUUUGAGAGAUCAUAUACCCUCUUUGGUGCAUAUAACGAUCUGUCUAUUGGAUCAUUAUAUGCCACUAAUUAGAGGAAGUGCAUGUAAAAUAUUGUGCGAUAUCAUAUGUGGCAUGCAUGCCACGCAUGAAAAAUCUGAAGUUACCGUUGCGCUUUUAAAAGACAAGCACAGGCUUUGGUCUUACGAUACUUUAGUGAAAGAUAAAAAUGGCGCGCGUUCCCCUAAGGAAAUGGAUGCUUUAAUUCGCAAUAUUGUCACAAUCUUUUCUGAGCAAGAGGGUUUUCAUAUCAACUGGCAGAGAACAUCUUUAAAGUGGGCUACUACCUGCUCCGUGAGACAUGUUGCUUGUCGCUCAUUCCAAGUUUUCAGAUCUCUUCUUACAUUUUUAGACCAAGAAAUGCUAAGGGAUAUGUUGCAUCGACUUUCAAACACUGUAUCUGACACAAAUCAUGAUAUUCAUGGAUUUGCAAUGCAAAUACUGAUGACAUUGAAUGCAAUUACGGCAGAACUCAAUGCUGCGGAUUUGAUAAAUUUCCCUCAGCUCUUUUGGUCCAUAACGGCAUGCUUAAGUAGCGUUCAUGAGCAAGAAUUCAUCGAAGUUCUUUCUUGUUUCACAAAAUUCAUCUCCAAAAUUGAUUUAGACUCUCCUGAUACAGUGCAAUGCCUGGUAGCGACCUUCCCAUCAAAUUGGGAGGGCAGGUUUGACGGCCUGCAACAGAUUGUCAUGACAGGGUUGAGAUCCUCAAAUUCCGUUGAUAUAACGUGGAAAUUUUUGGACAAACUAAAUUUGCUGCGAGAUAGCCGAAUAAUUGCAAAUUCAGAUUCACGUCUGCUGUUUGCUCUAAUAACAAAUUUGCCAAGAUUUUUGCAUGCCAUGGCUCAAAAGGACUUCGCGAGCAUACAAACUGCAGUGGACUCUCUCAUUAGCUUGUCGGAUGCUUAUAAUCAACCAUCUUUAUCCAGGCUGAUUGACUCGUUAUCAAAAAACAAAUUCCGAUCGAAGAGGGAUUUCAUGAGUCAAGUUGUGAGUUUCAUUUCAAGAAAUUAUUUCCCUACCCACUCGGCACAGACGCUUGUGUUUCUUUUGGGACUGCUCUUGAAUAAAUUAGGCUGGAUUAAAGAAGAAACGAUGGCGAUACUUAAGUAUAUUCUUCCUUUAGUUGAUUUGAAAAGUCCAGAAUUCACAGGUGUCGGAGCGGAUAUAAUUUCUCCUCUAUUAAGAUUGCUUUUGACAGAUUAUGAAGCGAAGGCGCUUGAAGUUCUCGAUUUUGUACCGACAGUAUCUGGUAGUAAGCUGGACAAGGAUAUUUUGAGGAUAUGCAUGGGUAAUAAGGAUGUGAAAAAUAGUACUGGUAAUAGUACAACACUUUUUGGAAUACCAGACGAAAGCGGAUGGUCUAUACCUAUGUCGGCCAUGAUAGCUGCCACUACACGGCAUAAUGUACAUGCCGUCUUCAUGACAUGUGUGGUGAACACGGCGGGAGACGAAUAUACCGAAGACCCGCCAGUAAUGGAAGAUAUUGUCGAAUUUCACGCCGAUACUGACUAUGGACUUGAAAGAACAGAAACAAACGACUCGCUUUCACUAGCAGAGGAAAAAGAUGCCUCCUUGAGUCAUAUGUGGGCAGAACUAGAUAAUCUGGAUAGUUUUUUCACGAAGAGCACGGCAGGAGCGUCAAAUGUUCCUGCUGCAGGAUUGGGUAUUCUUCGUGAUCGCACAAACUCCGUGGAGACGACACGAACUGAACAAACGUUUACGCUGGAUUCGGCCCCCCAACUAUACGAUAAGAAAGUGUCGGAACUAUUAAAUGGGACUCUGACAAAAUUUCCAUCUAAUGUGUCUUUCAAAACAUAUUUGGCCGACUCAUUUGCAGUUGAUCCCAGUAAUGAUGACCUAAGUAAAGAAGUUGGUCCGAAAGUUGCCUAUCAUAGUCCGCUAUUGUAUAACAAAGAAACCACUCCUCGCUCGAGAAACUCAAAUAUUUUGAAAUCUCCGGGGAGUGCAGUUUUAGGUGCUGUCUCAUCAAAUCGUCUUAAAUCUACAGAAUCACCGCAGGACAGCCUAUUUAGAUUCGAAGGAUUCCUCAGAAGUUCACAAAGAGGUGGUAGUAGAAGGAAAUGGCAAUACCAGCAACAGCAUCAGCAAUUGUUGUCUCAGACAAUUCAUGAACAGACUGCUCCUGCACAAUACGAUGUUGAAAGUUCGUCUUCUCCGGUACGUGCUUCUUCUGCGUCUCCGGUGCUGGCAUUAGGAACGCAAAACAACUUCAUCCUCAACAACGAGGCGAAUAAGCCGUUCAAAUCGGUGGCUAAACAAGCUUCGGUUAAACAAGCGGGCAACAAACAAAAUAACAAGCAGAUUAACGGCAAACAAGGUCGAUAUCAAAAGCAUUAUCAUUUGCCACAUUUUUCAGGCAAUAAGACACAAACAUGGACAACUAAUGUCCACAAUGAAAAUGAAUGA